AUGCCUCUCAUUGUACCGGGAGUGUUGAUCCAAGGCUACGGCUUAAUCCGCAAUCCUCUUUCUUCGGGUCCUAUCAGAGUCCCCUCUUGCUCCAUAGGAUCCUUCCCUUAUCUUUCUGUUUCAGUGAUUCCACCCCAUCGCUGCCACCGUAUCCCUGUUACUCAAGGAGUUAUGUUCUGCACUCUGCCUCAAGCCUUUGAUAGCAAGUAUACACCAGCCUCACUAAGCAAGCCACUGAAGUCUGGAUUCUCAUUUGACAAAGCAAUGUAG